AAUAAUAGUCAAAGCUAGCUACCUUUGGAUAGCUUAAUUUCUGAAGCAGAAGAAGUACUGUUUAGAAUCAACCAGCUCAGCUCAUCUAGCACAGAAAUGGGUGAAGUAAGUAUUCAUGUGAACUGAAUAUCCUCUAGCUUCUUAAUAGUGUCAACGUACACUAUUCUUGUUUUGGUUAGCUCACGCUUGUUCUCCACUGCAGUUUUGAACAUUUUGUCUCUGAUACACUAGUUUUCAUGCAUCCUCGACCUCCAUGUCCGGUUUUUUGUUAGUUCUUCAUGUCUCUGGCAUUAAUGUCGUUUGGAUCUGAACAGGAAAACAAACCAGAGGAGAAGAAGGAGGAAGAGAAGAAAGAAGAAGCGCCACCCGAGAUUGUGCUCAAGGUUGAUAUGCAUUGUGAAGCUUGCGCCAGGAAAGUUGCUAGAGCCUUGAAGGGUUUUGAAGGAGUGGAGGAGGUAACUACAGACAGCAAAGCGAGCAAGGUGGUGGUGAAAGGCAAAGCAGCAGACCCCAUAAAGGUGUGCGAGAGAUUACAAAAGAAAAGUGGCAAAAAAGUGGAGCUGAUUUCACCUUUGCCUAAACCACCGGCCGAGGAGGAGAAGAAAGAGGAGCCCAAAGAACCAGAGAAAAAGGAGGAGAAAAAAGAGGAGCCUCCCGCUGUUGUUACAGUGAUUUUGAAAGUUCGAAUGCACUGUGAAGCAUGUGCUCAGGUUUUACAGAAGCGAAUCCGAAAGAUCCAAGGUGUGGAAUCAGUAGUAACAGACGUUGGUAACGACCAGGUUGUAGUAACAGGUGUUGUGGAUCCAGCCAAGCUUGCAGAUGAUGUCUACAAAAAAACCAGGAAGCCCGUUUCCAUUGUGCCCAAGGAGGAAGAGAAGAAGGAAGAAGAAAAAAAGGAGGAGAAGAAAGAAGAAACCAAAGAUGAAGAGAAGAAGGAAGGGGAAACAGUAGAAGGCAAGGGAUCAGAUGAUAACAAGAGUUUUGAUAUCAAGCGGAGCGAAUAUUGGCCAUCAAAGCACUACUCGGAUUAUGCAUAUACCCCACAGAUUUUCAGUGAUGAGAACCCUAAUGCCUGCUCUGUUAUGUGAUCGAUGACAAGCUUGGACGAGUACUCCAUCAAUCAUCUCUGUAACAUUUUGCCUAAUAUAUGUCUAAUUAUGAAUCGAUUAAUAAGAAACUUAAGACAACGUGUUUCAUCAUGCCAUCCUUUGGCAUGCAAUGUAUCCUAGAUAUUAUAUAUAUCCUGUGAUUUUGGGAGGUUUGUAGUACUUAAUUGAUAUAUGCCUGUAGUAAUUAAUGGGUUACUUGUUGAACUG